AAACGUCAAAAUUGAAACAGAAGGCAUUGUUUUUAUUUUGUUCAAAUUGUGUGGAAAGCUGUGAAACAACAGUUUUCCGAGUUUUCCCGCUUAGAAUAUUGCAAAGUUCUUAAUUCUAGUUCCGCCAUCCUCGUAAUGGUUCGGUUAUGCUGCAUUCCGAUUUGCCCCAACUCGAAGGCGGACCACGGAGUCGCUUGCUUUCCAUUUCCAGCCGAUGCCGAACUGCGGAACAAAUGGAUCGACUUCGUUGGGGGCAAUCCGAGCAAGUUCCGCUGGAGGGCCAAGUUUAUCUGCGCGGAUCACUUCAUGCAGCUGGAACUGUUGGACAUCAACGGACAGAAGGCGCUGAUGGAGGGAGCGGUUCCGAUGGUUUACUCGCCUGAUGACGACGAAGCUGAUGAACUGAUGGACCGAAACGACGUAAUGAUAUCCGAAAAACCGGUAAAACCUGGUGCCAAUUCAAGCACGGUUACUUCAGAGACAGUGGAAGCAUCAAUUGAGCUGCGAUCGUUGUUCUGUCGAAUGUGUCUCAAAAAAGGACUCGGUCUGAUACCGUUCAACUCAAAAUUGCACAAUGCUAACUUGGGGGACAUCAUCUACACCGUUACGGGACUGAAAGUGGACAUCGAUGGGGAUCUACCGACGAAGAUUUGCGCGGAUUGCGUGGGGAAAGCAGAUUUGGCAUUCAACGUUCGGAUGGAAUUUUUACACCACGAAAGGAUUUUGCAGAAUUUGAUCAACAGCAAUCAACUGUUGUUCCAUUACCAGUCGUACGAUAAUCAUCGGCAAGAGUCCAGAAGCUUGAAUAAACUAUACCUGAAUAAUCUAAUGGACAACAUAAAACAGGAAGAGAUAACUGAUGAACCAAUUAUGAUGAUGGAUUCCAACGUAAGCGUAGCACCAAUACAAAAAGCAGACUUUGCAAAAACUACGUAUAAAGAAAUAUCUGCAGUACAAACAUCAGUUGAUGAAUCGAUGCAAGAAGCAACCGAGAUCGAAGUUCUCGAGGAAUACGAAGAAGAACACUUGUAUGAGGUAGAAGAAUUAUCGCUAGCAGACGUCCAUCCAACAGAACCAGUUGCGGGAAGUCAACCUGUCCCUGAACAAAAAUCCGCAUCCUACACAGCGCACAACAACUCUGCCAACGAGCUGAAGGUGGAAAUCGAAUCAGAUUCGGAAGAGGAACCUGAACCCAAGCCAAAGUAUGUCUUCUCAUGGAAGGAUCUCUAUAAACCGAAACCAAGCAUCGUUAAAAAACAUCAAUACAAAAUCAUAGAAUACCGCCCAAAACCGAAACUGGUUCCGCACACGUGCUACAUCUGUGACACUGCGAACGAAGAUGCAGACGCGUUGGAAGCUCACAUGGAACGGCACGUAAGCAUCCUUCCCUACAAGUGCGAACCGUGCAGUACGGAAACCGUGCCCCAGGUGCUCAAAUCGUUGGUCAGCCUCAACCGGCACUUGAUGACCCAUCUCUAUCCGUAUCCGUGCGAUUACUGUCCGUUACGAUUUCUGACUCAGGCAUCCUACAUUGAUCACAUGAAGAGCCAGCACGAGGCAGGGGAUUCCGACGGCUUUGCGUGCGAUUACUGUGGGAAGUUCUUCAAUAAAAAGCGCCAAUUCUAUCACCACUUGGCCAAGCACAAAGCACUAGAAGACGGAAAAUACAAAUGCGAACAUUGUGGAAAGGCAUUCGGCUGUGGUGCUCUGCUGAAACGACACCGACGGAUACACACCGGGGAAAUGCCAUUCGAGUGUAAAAAGUGCGGCAAAAAGUUUAACCACGAAGCCAACUUCCAGAACCACAAAAGACUGCACAUCGGUGAGCGAGCCUACGUCUGCGAGGAAUGUGGCAAAACCUUCCAUAACGGCACCAGCUUACGCUACCACAAAGCCGAGCACUUCCCGGAUGAUCCACAGUACCGUCCGGCACCGUUAACCACCCAAAGGCCACGCUACAACACUUCCGCAGAAUCGAAACCCCACAUAAGGAAAGAUUCCUCCGGGGUGAAGUACUACAUCUGCGAGUUUGAAAACUGUACCUACGAAACCGAUCAGUAUCGGACGUUCUUCUAUCACCGGUCGAUGCAUCUGAAGAAGUUCAAAUGCGAUAUCUGCGAGAAGCGCUUCCCGUUGAGGUGCACCCUCACCAAACAUAUCGAGAAUGUGCACGAGGGAAAAAUUGCGGAGAAGAACCUGGCCUGUCCGUAUUGUUCCAAAAUGUUUGCCUGCAAGCAGAAGCUCAGCUUACACGUGGAUAUCCACGAGAACAAUCGCCGGCACAAGUGCCAGUUCUGCGACAAAGCGUUUGUGCAGAAGGCCAACUGUUCGGCACACGAGCGGAUUCACACCGGGGAGCGGCCACAUGUGUGUCGAAUAUGUCCUGCAGCGUUCAUCACAUCCUCCGGACGGAAGAAACAUGAGCGAACGCACUCCGAACUGGUAGAGUCGCAGGACUUACAGGAAGAAUACGAUGCAUCGAGGGAUGAAUUGAUCGAGGAAGAGGAAGAAUACUACGAAGAGGAAGUUGACGACAUGGAAGAUGGGGAGGAGCUCGUGGAGUAUGCUCCGCUGUAAACGGCAGGAAUGUAAGAAUUUUAUUAAAUUUAAUUAUAAGCUUAGGUUCAAUUUAAUUUCUCGGAAAAUACAGUUCGUACAAACUUGACAAUACAUUCCUGCAACCUA